AUGGGUCGCGGUCGACGCCCCAACAUGGCCCUGGAGCCAACUCGCGCGCUGCAAACCCAACGUGCCUUCCGACAGCGCAAGGCCGAGCAUCUAGCCAACUUGGAGGAGAGCAUCAAGAUCCUCACCCAUGAAAACGCCAAACUGCGCAAGCUGCUGAAUCUCUCGCCGCGCUCCUCGCCCGCUGCUUCGCCCCAGAUCAAGUCCAGCAGUUCGCCCGCCAACAGCAGCACCGCGUACGCUGCCAUAGCCCCGGCCAAGGGCGUCCCCACUCCCACAUCGGAUGCAGCAGGCGAGGUAACGGGGACAUGCGACAACUGUGCGCCCAUCCAGCAGGCAAAUCGCCAGCUCUCCUUGGCCGCCGCACAGGUCGAGGCGCAGGUCGCCGAGCUGCAGCACAGCGUCAAGGCUUUGAGGAGCGUGCUGCUGCAUCACGGCUUGCCCAUUCCAUCUGUGGAGCCAGAAAUCGAGGCAGGCUAUCGCGCUAAGCGCUUCAGGUCGGGCGAGCCGGUCAACGUGCCGUAUUAUGCAGAGCAGAUCGCGCUUCAGCCGAGUGGCGUCCAGAUGACGAGCAACUACUUCACCAAUGGCACAGCAUCGCAUCUGGCUUCGCCCUCAUCACACGAGUAUGCAGCUCUGCCGCGUCGGCCACCACCGGGGUCGACCGGAGCGGUUGCCGCGGGCACCAACGUCUGGCACACCCCGAGCCCUUCAGGCAUGCUCUCCUCUGCUCCCACCCCACCGUCUGCCAACUUCAGCCCGCGUCAUCACCAUGCCUACCAGAACGGCAGCAGCUCAUACAACAGUCCCGCUGCUGCCGCCGCCGCUGCCGAGGAUGCGUACCGGCGACCUCCUCCACCCUCGGCAUCGUUGCCAAGGACUACCUCUUCAGCGGGGGCUGCAAGACCACACCUACCGCCGCCCUCGAGCAUGUCGCCUGCACGACAGAAAGCUGCGCCGUCCGCGGCAUCUACAUAUUGGUCGACAGCUUCCACGCCGUCUACCUCUUCGAGUGUCAAUUCUCCUGCUGCCUUGGCACGGUCGCAUGCGCUGCCGCCAUACGCCAGCCCGAGUUAUGGCGAGCCCAGAGUGGGCGGUAGUGGCAGGCGGUAUGUCGAGGAUGGAUUGCAUCAGCACCAGCAACAGCAACAGCAACAGCAACAGCAACAGCAACAGCAACAGCAACAGCAACAACAACAGCAACAGCAGCAGCAGCAGCAGCAGCAGGGAGUAGCAGUGGUGGGCUAUGAGGGUGUGCAGUCUCCGAGGAGUCGGGUGGUGCACAGGGAGCGGGGCGACAAACCAGAGGAAGGGCGAUAUGCGAGGUCGACGUCGAGAAGCAGAGUCGAAGUGCUGGAGCGCAAAGGUGGUUGUUGUCCGGCCCCUGCCAACAGUGCCGCGGUCAACGGCGAUGGGGAGGCCAAGGCGGCGUGCUGCAGUUCCAACGCUAGCAAUCGUGCGGCGGCGAUCUCGGAAAGAGACGUCAAGUGGGCAGCUCCGGCUCCGUCAGGCGUCUCUCUUGACAUGCGUGCUGAUGGUCCUUCAGAUCGAGACAGUGUCAGCACGUCGAACGGUCAUCCUUCGACAGCUGCUGCGCCAGCACCAGGGCCAGUGGCAGACGCCGAUAUACACCUCGACGGCCUCAACGAGGACGAGUGCUGUUUCGGCUUGGUCAGGUGUGAUGAUGAGGGAAGGAUCAUCAUCUGA